AAGCGCGUCAGGGCGGCCGGCCGGGCGGGCGUUGCCAUGGAGGAGCUGAGCGCGGCGCUGGCGGCCGGCGCCGUCCUGGCGGCUCCCAACAGCCCGGCCGGUCCUCACCCCCGGCUGGCCGCCUACAAGGCCCGCGGCGGGCCGGGGCAGGCCGAACGCCGCCGGCGCCUCCUCCGCCUCCAGAGAGAGAGGCGGCUGGACUACGUGAACCAUGCCAGGAGGUUGGCAGAGGACGACUGGGCAGGGGUGGAGAACGAGGGCGAGGAGAAGGAGGAAGACGCGGAGGAAGAGGAGAUGGACGUGGAUGCUGGCAAGAAGUUGCCCAAGCGCUACGCCAAUCAGCUGAUGCUGUCAGAAUGGCUGGUUGAUGUCCCCUUGGAUCUGGAGCAGGAGUGGGUUGUAGUGGUGUGUCCCGUCGGGAAAAGGGCGCUUGUCGUGGCGUCCAGGGGCACAACAGCAGCUUACACCAAAAGCGGCUUCUGUGUCAACAGGUUCCCAUCCCUGCUGCCGGGAGGGAACCGGCACAAUUCAACGAGCGAGAAAGUGUACUGCAUCUUGGACUGCAUCUACAAUGAGGCAAAGCAGACGUACUAUAUCCUCGACGUGAUGUGCUGGAGAGGACACCCUGUUUAUGACUGCCAGACCGACUUCAGAUUCUUCUGGCUCUCCUCAAAGAUCCAAGAGGAGGAAGGGCUGGGAGAGAAAAGCAGGAUUAAUCCAUUCAAAUUUGUGGGCCUGCAGAACUUCCCCUGCUCCUCGGACAGCCUGUGUAAGGUGCUGGCUAUGGACUUCCCCUUCGAGCCCAGGAAUCCCCCUUUUUCUGGGAUUAUUUUGCAAGAUCUUAACAGUGACUGAAAUUUAUGGACAGAGUAGUGCAAGAAGCUCUACCCACUCUGCUGGAGGUUAGCACCUGUGGUACAGAGACGGACAUAGGCUGCUCUUUGCUCAGCCUGGCUCACAGUCCAGCACCGUAGCCGAAAUCACCUCAAUCCACUCGGUUCACCGACGCCUUAGCUCACUGCUGAUAUAUGUGCCGCUCUGCUGUAUGUAUUCUGGGGGCUGUAGGCUCGGGGAGGGGCCUGGGAGCAAUUCAGCCCAAGGUGGGCUCUUUUUCUCAUCUCUUCUGCAGACUCGGCCACUCUUACUCGUAGCCAAAUGGCCUUUUAAGAGCUUGCGAGGCUGAGCUAAGGGGAGCACCACCUCCAGCGUUAGUCAGCCCAACAGCAGGAUCUAACCUUGUGGAGUGCGCUCCUGGGAAGCGCAGGAAGAUGGGGGGUGAAAAUCCCUGAGCAUGGUGGGGAAGCGGGGAAAACGUCAGCCAGCUGCAGUAUUGCAGAGCGUGGAAAUAGUAGCACAAGAGUUAGGGCCUAAACCUUCAAAGUCCUGAGUGCCCUUAACUGUCAUUGAUUGCUGGAGAAGUUCUCUCUUGGGAAACAUGAAGAAUUUAUUUUGCAUAAGCCAGCUGAAAGAGCUUUAGCAGCGUUACGAAUCAGGGCUCCUUGGCGUCAUGCGCUCUGACUAAUUACUCUCCAAAUGUAUUAUUUAAAAUAACCUUAAUCCAGUAAAAUGGCCUUUCUGUGUGCUGCCUUAUUCAGAAACCUGAUGGCUUUUCUGCAGAAUGGGAUCAUAGCAACCAGAGGAAAAGUACUGGUCAGUGCCAACAUCAGGCUGAAAUUGUUUGCCUUUGAUGAUUUAAACCCAUCCGGCAGUCGCUGGGCUUGCACCGAUCUUUCAGGGCAGGAGCUCUGCAGGUUUCUUCUUUCCCUUCCGCUAUUUAUUGCACUGCUUGAGGAAAAAUGAUCCAGCUGGUAGUUUUGGCCUGUAAAUGGAGAGCAGUGCUGUCGUCUGGCACUCGGUCAUCCACCUGCAAAAGCCUCCAGCUCUGGCCUUUCAUUCACUCUCUUUUUCCUUUUUACAGGUCGACGGACUUCUCUUCUAUCACAAGCAAACCCACUACACCCCCGGCAGCACCCCGCUGGUGGGCUGGCUCCGGCCUUACAUGGUACCCGAAAUCCUCGGGCUCGCCGUGCCCACUACCGUGCUCACUGCCAAACCAGACUAUGCUGGGCGUCAGCUCCAGCAGAUCAUUGAGAGCAAGAAGAUUAAAAAGCUGGCAGCAGAAAAGGGUCAG